AUGGAGUCACAGAAGACACAAACUAGUCUAAAAAAUGGACAUGAUGGUGCACUAUGUAGUGUAGUUGUGAUAGAAAACAAAGUAGAUAAUUUCAAGACAGAAAAAGUUUCUCCUUUCAAUGUCAAAGGUGAAAAACAUUGGAAUAAUAACCAUGAUGGAGAAAAUGAACAUUUAGAGAAAUCUGGGCUAUUAGGAAUGUGUGAUGAUCCUUAUUGUACUACUUGUCCUACUUACUUCAAGGCUUCUCAACACACAAAUCCAAAAUAUUCAAAUGAAUUUAAUCCCAAGUUCCAAAAUGCACUUUAUGGAGAUGCCAAGGGUUUUGGGAGAGAUUUUUUCUCUUUCUGCUCUUCAUGUGUUCCUGGAGUUAUAAACCCUCACACUAAACUUGUUCAACAAUGGAACAAAUUUCUGGCCAUUUUUUGCAUGCUGGCAAUUUUUGUGGAUCCAUUAUUUUUAUUCUUAAUAUAUGUGCAGAAGGACUUUAAUUGUAUUGCUAUUGACUGGAGAAUGACAGAAACACUUGUUUUGCUUAGAAGCAUGAAUGAUUUUGUAUAUUUCUUAAACAUUCUUCUCCAGUUUAGGUUGGCCUAUGUUUCUCCAGAGUCAAGGGUGGUUGGUGCCGGAGAUUUAGUUGAUGAUCCCAAGAAAAUUGCAGUCCGCUACCUGCAGAGUUAUUUUCUUCUUGACUUAUUUGUUGUCUUGCCUCUUCCUCAAAUAAUGAUACUAACUGUGUUACCGAGGCACUUGGGUUUAUCAGGAGCAAAUUAUGCUAAGAAUCUUCUACGUGCGGUGAUUCUUGUGCAAUAUAUUCCAAGAUUAUUUAGAAUUUUGUCUCUGCUAAAUGGAAGGUCUCCAACUGGAUUCAUAUUUGAGUCGGCAAGGGCUAAUUUCAUCAUAAAUCUUCUCAUGUUUAUGCUUGCAAGCCAUGUUGUUGGAUCCUCCUGGUACCUCUUUGGUCUACAGAGGGUAAAUCAAUGUUUGAGAGAUGCUUGCAAUAAGUCAAACAUCAAAGGAUGCAUUGAUAUCAUUGACUGCGGCCAUGGUCGUAAUGGAACUUACCAGUUAUCAGACCAAACAUCAGUUAUGUGGAACAACAAUUCAGAUGCCAUUGCUUGUUUGAAUCCUUCUCCGAAUGGUUUUCGUUAUGGAAUCUAUGUCACUGCUGUACCGCUUACCUUUGAAACUAACGUGGUCAACAAAUAUGUAUAUUCUCAUUUUUGGGGAUUGCAGCAAAUCAGUACUCUAGCUGGGGGUCUAACACCAAGCUAUUUUGUAUGGGAAGUUCUUUUUACAAUUGCAAUCAUAGGAUUGGGACUCUUGCUUUUUGCACUUCUCAUUGGAAACAUACAGAACUUUCUCCAAGGUCUUGGAAGAAGGAGGCUAGAAAUGCUACUUAGAAGUCGCGAUGUUGAGCAAUGGAUGAGGCAUCGUCGGUUACCUGAAGAUCUCAAAAGGAGAGUACAACAGGCUGAGCGGUAUAAUUGGGCGGCAACAAGAGGAGUGAAUGAAGAAACACUUCUUGAGAAUUUUCCGGAAGAUCUCCAAAUUGACAUAAGGCGUCAUCUCUUCAAUUUUAUUAAGAAAAUUAGAAUUUUCUCAUUGAUGGAUGAGCCUAUUUUAGAUGCAAUUUGUGAGAGACUAAGACAAAAAACAUACAUAAAUGGAAGUAAAAUUAUGAGUAAGGGUGGUGUAGUUGGAAAGAUGGUGUUUGUAGUGCGAGGAAAAUUGGAGAGCAUUGGAGAAAAUGGAAUUGGAGUUUCUUUAUCUGAAGGAGAUGCUUGUGGUGAAGAACUUCUUACAUGGUAUCUUGAACAAUCUUCAGUAAGCAAAGAUGGUAAAAAAGUAAGGCUUCCAGGACAGAGAUUAAUUAGCAACAGGACAGUAAAGUGCUUAACAAAUGUGGAGGCAUUUUCACUAAAAGCUGCUGAUCUUGAAGAAGUCACAACCAUUUUCACAAGAUCCUUUAGGAGUUUUCUUGUUCAAGGACCUUUAAGGUAUGAAUCACCUUAUUGGAGAUCCCUAGCAGCAACCCGAAUUCAGGUUGCAUGGAGAUAUUGCAAGAAACGUCAAAAGUUAUCAAAUCCAACAUUGAAGUUAUAG